GGUCGCAGAACCGAGCGCCCGCACCGCGCCGACUGAUCCGUCUGUCCGUCGCAGCCGCCGCCGCGCCGCAGCCACGAUGAUCCGCGUUCACGUGAACUCCACUCAAUAAACUGUGAAUGUGAUUGCAAUAUUAUUAUACGUAUUGUUCUUUAUUUACUCCAUUAAAAACUGCUAACAGUGACGGUGAACAUUUUUACCAGGAAUAUUUUUCUGCUGAUGUGCGUUUGAAGAGAAGCUCAAGCCAUGCGCAGCGACAUGGCGUAUCGUGGCUUGUCGCAGCAUGUGGAGCUGGACCGGGCGGCCGACCCUCGCGACCGGUUCACGCUGCAGGAGCUCAUAGGCGAGGGCACAUAUGGUGAAGUCUACUGCGCUCGGGAUAAGAGGUCCGGCAAGAGAGUCGCCAUUAAAAUUUUAGAAAAUAUCACUGAAAACAUAGAAGAAAUUGAAGAGGAGUUCUUAGUUUUCCGGGAUUUAUCAAGUCAUCCGAACAUACCAGAAUUCUUUGGACUAUUCCUAAAAAGAGGCUUAAGCUCUGACGAUGAUCAAAUAUGGUUUGUCAUGGAACUUUGCACAGGUGGUUCAGUGACUGACUUAUGUUCUGGGUUGAGAGCUCGCGGGAGCAGCCUCACUGAACCGCAACUGGCGUACGUUUUGAGAGGAACUGUGCGCGCUCUCACGCACCUCCACGCACACCGGUGCAUGCACCGUGACGUCAAAGGUCACAACAUUCUGCUCACCGAAGACGCGGAGGUCAAACUCGUCGAUUUCGGCGUGUCCUCGCAUCUGGCCGCUACUGCGGCAAGGAGAAACACAUCGGUUGGAACUCCUUAUUGGAUGGCUCCAGAGGUUAUAGCAUGCGAACAACAGUUAGACCAAUCUUAUGACUGCAGAUGUGAUGUGUGGUCAGUUGGUAUCACGGCCAUUGAGCUGGCGGAAGGCGAACCUCCUUUAUCGGGACUGCAUCCAAUGAGGGCUCUGUUCCAAAUACCUCGAAAUCCUCCACCAUGUUUGACGCACCCGGACAUGUUUUCACCACAACUUGUAGAUUUUAUAGGCGAUUGCCUUAUAAAAGAUAUGAACCAAAGACCUUUCGCGAGGGAACUUUUGGAACACCCGCUAAUGCUUGCAGUGAAUACUUUUGAAGAUAAGAUACGCAAAGAACUUCAGGCAGAGAUAAAGAGACAAAGAGCUGAAGGUCGCGGUAGUCGCGCUCCUGAAGCCACCACAAAACGAGGCAAGUUGAAGUCCCACAGAAAGGCGCGCCCUGAGAAAAUGUACACCGAUGACCUGGCGACCCUCGACGUGCUGACCGAAGAGGCCAUAGUCGAGCAGCUACAAAAGCGAUACAAUCAGAACCAUAUAUACACAUACAUAGGGGACAUAUUGGUCGCAGUGAACCCUUUCACUGACAUUGGAAUUUAUACUACUAAGAGUCAACAAAUUUAUCAAGGACGGUGCCGAUCCGAUAAUCCGCCACAUAUUUACGCUGUGGCUGAUGCUGCUCACCAAGCUCUUCUUCAUCAGAAGGUGCACCAAGCGAUAGUUAUCUCUGGAGAAAGCGGUGCCGGCAAGACUGAGUCCGCCAAUCUUUUAUUGAAGCAACUUGUGUUCUUGUCCAAGACACAAAACCGGAAUUUAGAAGAGAAAAUUCUCCAAGUAAAUCCUAUCAUGGAGGCUUUUGGAAAUGCUCGUACGGGUAUUAACGCAAACAGUUCCCGUUUCGGAAAAUAUCUGGAUUUAUCCAUGAUGAGGGUGGGCAGAAUAUCCGGUGCAAGAAUAUCUGUCUACCUAUUAGAACAGUCGAGAGUAGUUCACCAGGCAUUAGGCGAGAGCAAUUUCCACGUAUUCUAUUAUCUGUACGAUGGUUUAGAAAGUGAAGGACGUUGGAGGAAGUUCUACUUAGAUGAACAAUUGAAAUCGCGACAUCAGUACUUGCAGCCGUUAUCCGUGGUCCAUAGGGAGCACAAUGUUCACCGUUGGAGACAACUCAAUCAGGCCUUUAAGGUGGUUGGAUUUCAAGAAGAAGAGGUACAAAUUAUAUACAAAAUGUUAGCAGCUAUAUUGCAUCUAGGUGAUAUUGAGUUUGGAGAGAUGGCUGGCGAAGACAAUGCGGAUAAUAGGGCUACCAUAAUUGACACUGCACCACUUCAUAGAGCCUCAUGUCUUCUCGGCGUGGAGACGGCAGAUCUACGAGAAUGUCUGACCAGCAGUAGCGUGGUUGCCAGAGGAGAGACCAUCGCCCGACACAGCUCUCCUAUUGAAGCCGCAGUUGCGAGAGACGCUACAGCCCGAGGUUUAUAUGCUAGAGCCUUCGAUAGGAUCGUAGAGAGGAUCAAUGCUUUAUUGUGUCAAAAUAGACCGCAAGGUGUCGAACAAUUGUCCAUUGGAAUAUUAGAUAUUUUCGGCUUCGAAAACUUCUCGAAGAAUUCGUUUGAACAAUUAUGUAUUAAUGUUGCGAACGAGCAGAUUCAGUAUUACUUCAACCAACACAUCUUCACAUGGGAACAACAGGAAUACAUGGCUGAAGGAGUUCCCGUGGAUCUUGUGGAGUUCUCGGAUAACAGACCUGUAUUAGAUAUGCUACUCUCCAGACCUAUGGGCUUGCUUGCUCUACUUGAUGAAGAAAGCAGGUUUCCAAGAGCGACAGAUAGGAGUCUUAUUGAAAAGUUUCAUAAUAACGUCAAGAGCAAAUAUUACGUCCGACCUAAGUCUGAUGCAAUAUGCUUUGCAAUACAUCACUUUGCCGGCAGAGUAGUUUAUCAAGCUGAAGGUUUCUUGGAGAAAAAUCGGAAUUUUUUACCACCCGAAGUGGUUCAACUAAUGAGGCAAAGUCAGUAUGACAUCAUCAGAUUCUUGUUCCAAUGUCCUAUUACAAAAACAGGAAAUUUAUACUCGCCGCUUCAGGGUGAUUUAGAUACAAGGACAUUGGAAAGUCCAAUAUGUGGAGACGUUCGGGAUCGUUUUAAUAGCCGAGGCCUAGCCUCCCAAUCUCGUGCCCAACAAACUGUGGCAACCUACUUCCGAUACUCAUUGAUGGAAUUAUUACAAAAAAUGGUCAGCGGCACGCCACAGUUUGUGAGAUGUCUUAAGCCAAACGAUUCUAGAUCUCCCAAGCAUUUUGAUUCAGCGAAAAUAUUAAAACAACUUAGAUAUACAGGUGUCCUAGAAACUAUAAGAAUAAGACAGAAUGGUUUCUCGCAUCGACUGCCAUUCGAAGAGUUUAUUAAGAGGUAUAGUUUCUUAGCAUUUGCUUAUGACGAAGAAAUAAAACCGAAUCGUGACACGUGCCGUAUUUUGUUAAUGAGACUUAAAAUGGAUGGUUGGGCGCUAGGAAAGUCUAAAGUUUUCCUCAAGUAUUAUCAUGUAGAGGUUCUUGCCAGGAUAUACGAAGAACAGAUUCGAAAAGUGGUGCUGGUACAAGCUUGCGCCCGCGGGUGGUUAGCGCGGCGCUACUACCAGCGGCUGAAGGCGCAGAUGGCGAUAUCUGUGCUUACACUGCAGCGGCACGUGCGCGGCUGGCUCACGCGCAGGAAGCUGCAAGAGCGGCAGCUCGCCAGGGAAUUCCAGCGGGAGCAGAUGGAACAGGACAACCACAAAAGACAUCAAAAAUCCGGUGUAUCAAAUAAAAAUAAAGCGUUGUUGAAGGCGAAAGUGUUACGCAGAAUGACGUCAGAUGAUAGCGAUAGCAAUGAAACGAACUACGGCAACAAAGAGAACAUAGACACCAAUAAAGCUGCUGUCGUCAUACAAAGCCAUUUUCGAGGAUACACGGCUCGGCGCAAGUGGGCCAAAGGUCGCGCGCCUCCACCGCCUAAACAACCAGCGCCACCGCCACCGACGUCACAGCAACUCAUGCAGCAGUACUCUGUACAAGAGCGGGCUGCGCAACUGCAGACCUUCGCUGACCAGGUUCACGACAGAAACCAAGAGGUGCACAAGAACCUGCGUCGUAACAAGCCUGGCGUGCGGUUACAAGAUGUGCAGCGUCCGCCGGACGAGUACCGCCCGCCGCCGGGAUUCACGCUGGUGCCGGCCAUCAUAAGGGGCCAGCCGUCGCAACUCGAACGAGAUGCCAGCCGCCUGUCUAGUUCCAGAUAUCAGAACAAGGAUCACGCAGAGCACCGUUCGCCUUCGAAUCAGAACCGAUACAAUCUUCCUUGCAGCCGGCAGUGCGGCGGACUAGUCAGUAACAAAAUCAACGAACUCGUGAAGCACGUCCAGAAAUCCGAAGCGCCGCCGCGGCCCGUAUUCAAUCCCGCGUACGACCCCGAAUCAGAUCUCCGGCGGAUCUUACGCAACUCACCCGAAAUACUUGCCACACCCGUGUUCAGCUCCGACGACGACUACACCGAGGGCCCGUUCCGGUUCAAGCAACUCCUGCGACCUACACUAGGACCGACAGAGAGUCUCCGCAAGAGGAAAGUGCGUAACUCCCCCGGCCAAAGUCCAUGGCUGUCAGAUAGUUCACAAGACAGCACGAGUUCUAAACAGCCCUCUUAUAAUAAAAGAAGACCGCAAAUCAGUAUGGGCGUUUAUUACAAUUGAAUUGAUACUCGUAUUUUCCUAGUCCAAGAUGAACUACUUCGAAUAUCUCUGAGUGGUCCUAAAUUUGAGCAAAAUCAAUUCCAUCUGUUUAGUUAUCUACGUUAGGACCAACAGAGAGUCUGCCUGUAAGAGGAAGGUGCGCAACUCCCCCGGACAAAGCUCUUGGCUAUCGGAUAGCUCACAAGACAGCACGUUUACUUAACAGCCCUCUAAUAUAUAAAGCAAAUCAGCAUGGGCGUGUAUUACAAUUGAUAUUUUCAUGGUUGAAGUUGAUCUACUUCGGCUUUUUAAAACGGUGAAUCUAAACUUGUAUCGAAUCAGUAUCAAAUUUCCAAAUGCUAAUAGUGGAACAUUAUUAAAAGCUAGGUAUAUUGUUACACUAGAUUGACAUUUUGCUCGGGUCUAAGUGUUCUUCCAGAUGAUGGAGAUUGAUGAGUUCUUAAAAAUAAAAAGACCUCUUUACGCCCUUUUCCGGGCGGCGGCAUGAGGGUGGAGGUAAACUAUUUACAAUAUCUCAAAUGAAAAGGUCGACAUCAAGUCUAGGGAUUACAGUACUGGUCAGUGAUCCUAGCAGUCACGUAAAAAGCAGUUUUUUGUGAAGGAAAAAUGUCAUAGUUGUUAAAUGAUUAUUUCCAUAUAGAAUGAUAGGAAGUGUAUAGCCUCCGUCCAUAUUUAUUUUAAGAGUGAUGAGUGUUAGACGCUGCGCAAAUGUGGACACUUUUGUGUCUUGUGUCAGUUACAAGCUAUCAAUGAUUUUUUGAUUUCUACAGAACCAUAAUUAAAUCAGCCAUUCAUUAAACAUUUCUUGUGUCUAGUUGCUUCGACUUUACGUUGACGAUCAAAAAGUGAAAAUUCGUCAGUUGAAGACACAAGCAACAUUAACUUUUCUUACAAGUGUACAGGGCUGAGCCGCCCCGGACACAGCAACUACGGUUUCCUGUGAUGCUGUGCCGUGUCGGUUCAAAAAGUGUCUACGUUUUCGCAGCGCCUUAUAAUAUUUACUAAGAAGCAAUCAGUUAUUCUGAAUAUUUUAUUACGACUUAUACGGAAACAAAAAUAUAUUGUGUGUUUUUAGUAAUAAAUUGAGAUGUUAAUUAAACGUUGUGAUGACGAUAUAUAUUUAUGAGGCGUUUACUGUUUAUAGAUUGAACCACCUAUAUAACUCUUAAAAGUUUAAGAUAAUAACUUAUAUUAUUUAGUAUUAAUCUUUAUAAAGAAAUAAAACCAAAGUCUUACUUGUUAUAUUAGUAAAAUAAGCAUACUUACAAUAGAUCUUUAUUAGCAUCUUACCUAUUCUCUGUAACGUUUUUCGUAGGCUAAAAAUUGAUCUUGGUAUUUAUCAGUAUUAUAUUUUUUAUUGAACCUUGAAUACUGUAAAACUUAAUAAAUCUGGAAUAACUUCUCACACUUAAGUUGAUUUUAUAAAGUGUGAGUUUGAUAAUGCCAUCAAAUGUUGGAUUAUUUGGAUCAUUGACAACUUUUGUGAUAAUGUGCCAAUGAUUAUAAUAAGUUUACAUACUGUUAGGUAACUGUUUGAAAACGAAUAAAUAUAAAUUAAUUG